UUGACAGUUCAUCAACAUUAACCUGAAAAUCCUGGAAGUUGCCCAAAAAAAAAUUCGUGAGCUCUAGUCAGAUUUUAGCUAACAAAUUGAAUUGAAUGUCAUAUAUAUUAUAAAAAAACUCAACAUCUAAGAAACAAUGUGGGCAGACACACUUCUAAUUGUUUUCAUUUCGAUAUGUACCGCACUUUUAGGUGAGGGAUUAACUUGGUUAAUGGUCUAUAGAACAGAAAAGUAUCAAAAAUUGAAAGCUGAAGUGGAGAAGCAAAGUAAAAGAUUGGAGAAAAGGAAAGAAACUCAUGGAGAUUCUUUAGACAAGCAACAUAAAAAGAAAAUUGAAAGGGAAGAAGAACGUUUGAAAAACAAUAAUCGGGAUUUAUCUUUUGUCAAAAUGAAAUCAAUGUUUGCUAUUGGGUUUGCAUUCACAGCUCUUUUGAGCAUGUUCAACAGCAUAUUUGAUGGUAGAGUAGUAGCCAGGUUACCGUUUAUGCCUUUGACAUGGAUCCAAGGCUUAAGUCAUCGAAAUCUUCCUGGGGAGGAUUAUUACGAGUGCUCUUUCAUAUUCCUAUACAUCUUAUGUACCAUGUCUAUCAGACAAAAUAUUCAAAAAUUAUUAGGAUUUGCUCCAUCUAGAGCAGCUAGCAAACAAGGCAAUGGAUUAUUUGGCCCAGCGCCUGGCCAGUUUAAAUAAUAUUUUAUUUAUUUUAAAUGUAUAUUUCAUUAAUAUAUUUCGCAUUUUGUAAAUUAUAUAAGACAUAUUGAUCAAAAUAGAUAUUCAAAGAAUU